AUGAACACCGUGCGUCCUUCUCAAUCCAAGAGCCCAAAAAUCACGCCGUACACAGGUGAAGGCGAUCCAUUCCGGCACAUUGAUAACUUCAAAAAAGUCACUGCCAGUAGAGAAUUCGACGACGCCACCUUAUGCCACCUAUUCAGCGAAACCUUAGAUGGGGAUGCCAUGAAUUGGUUCUUUGAACAACCAGCGAACUCCAUGGAUUCCUUCGCGCAGUUAACCACAGCAUUUCUGAAUCGGUUUAUACUCAUGGCCGGGGCCGCCCACACAACUGACGGCCUAUUUCAAGUAAAACAAGAGAGCAGGGAAACAUUGGGCACCUUCGUCAUGCGAUGGCAGACGGCAGCAUCCAGAUGCCGGAACCUGAACAAAACGCUCGCCCUGGCUGCUUUUAAGGAAGGACUACGGUCAGAGAACUUCUUGUUCCACAUUAAUGUGGACCCUCGAAUGCGCGGCGCCACAUACGAUGACAUCAUGACUGAAGCAGUACGAUACGCUCAGGCAGAAUACGUCACAUACGGAGAGAAGCGAACCCCAGUACCAUCAGACAAAACUACUACGCCGCAGACAUCUGUACACACAGUCCCCCUCCAGCGCGAGCUCUUCCCAAACAUAGCAGACCAUAGCAAAGGCAGGAAGAGAGAGUGGCAUCAAGCCAAUCACCGUGAUGCGCGUAACAACGAUCGGCACAGGGGCCGGGACAGGAACAGAAGACUUGACCAGGAACGUCGCGACAACAGAGACCCCCGCCAAGUUAACGCGAUGGGACGCCGUAGUGACCACACACUGCCUAGGGAAGAGACCCUGGAGGACUUUUUUCACGCACAUCAGGACACGUUGAGGAAACCAGCAAGACCGCUACGCCCCCAAACCGAAGCGGAAACUGGUAAAUGGUGCAGAUUCCACGAAAAUGGAAGUCAUAACACGAACGAUUGCCGCACCCUCCGCAUAUUAAGAACCAAUGGCGACACGGGAAUUCGCCCGGCGCAACAGAGGGUACAACAGAAUGUGGUUGCCGCAGUCGAGACCCUACGCCGCAUCAACGUUAUAGAGGGAGGAGCCCCGAAGACCAACUUGUCCAACCGAGCAAAAAAGCGCCUCGACCGCAAUAAUCACCCAAGACAGGUGUAUGCCAUCACAGGAGGAAACGUUAAACGACAGAAAGAAGGAUGGAAACCGAUCACCUUCACUGAGGACGAGGAAAUUGGCAUCUCCUUACCCAAUGACGACGCUUUCCUCAUAGACGCAAUCCUGGGCGGACAAUGGGAUGUAGGGAAGAUGAUGAUCGACACGGGAUCUGCAGUCAACGUCCUAUUUAAGGGCUGCUACGAAAAAAUGGAGCGUAGCGGCAAGAAAUUGGUACAAGACCACGAACCGCUAGUCAGCUUCUCUGGUGACAUAACCCAACCCCUAGGUUCGGAUUAUAUGACGGUGUGUAUUGGGACUGCACCAUGCACAGUUUGCGUCGAAGCUGAAUUCAUCAUAGUCGAUGCCUACAGCUCAUACAACGGGAUCAUCGGCCGACCUACACUUAACCGGAUGAGAACCUUUAUCGCAGGACACAUGAUGAUCAUAAAAUUCCCAACUCCGCACGGAACAGGACAGGUCCGGGGUUCACAGUCCGUGGCAAAAGAUUGCCAGACACGUGCAAUUCGACAAACGCGCAACCGACACGAAAUCCUGGCAGUACACGCCACAGUAAACUUAACUGACAAAGUUGUCGACGCACGAGAUGACGAAACGUCGAAGGGAAAGAGCAAGCAGAAAGCUACGCCAUACGAGACAAAAAUCCCGGCAAACCCCGAAUCCUCAUUGAAAAGCAUUACGCCAUUCGCAAGUCAUCCGGAGCGCAGGAUCAAAAUCGGGGCAACUCUCAAUCCCACUGUUGAGAGAGAUUUAACAAGUUUCUUGGGCGACAACAUGGAAGUCUUCGCAUGGUCUUAUGAAGACAUGCCUGGCAUCUCGCCCGACAUCAUCAUGCAUGAAUUGCACAUCAAACCUUCCGCACACCCAAUUAAGCAAAAGCGCCGAAGCUUCGACGACGAAAAAAGCACGGCAAUACGCCAGGAAGUUGACAAAUUAAGAGGCAUGAAGUUCGUCCGGGAGGUACAGUACCCUGAGUGGAUCUCAAACUGUGUUAUGGUACGCAAAGCCAACGGUAAAUGGCGUAUGUGUGUGGAUUACAAGAACGUAAACAAAGCAUGCCCAAAAGACAGUUUCCCCCUACCCAGAAUUGACCAGCUCAUCGAUGCCACGGCAGGUCACGAGUUGCUCAGUAUGAUGGACGCCUACUCCGGGUACAAUCAGAUACGCAUGAACCCGGCGGAUCAAGAAGCUACGACCUUCGUCACUGAUAGGGGACUGUACUGCUACAACGUAAUGCCCUUCGGAUUAAAAAAUGCGGGUGCUACGUAUGUGCGGUGCGUCACACAAAUGUUUGACCAACACAUCGGUCGGGAAAUCGAGGUGUACGUCGAUGACAUGCUUGCCAAAAGCAUAAAAGCAGAAGACCAUGUAACCAACCUCCGAACCAUCUUCAAUGUGCUCAAAAAGUACAAGAUGAGAUUAAACCCGGAGAAAUGUUUUUUCGGCGUAACAACAAGCAAGUUCCUGGGCUACAUCGUCAGUCAACGCGGCAUAGAGGCGAAUCCCGAAAAGAUACAGGCCAUCCUAGAUAUGGCGCAGCCAACACUCAAGAAGGAUGUAGAAGCCCUCCAAGGCAGGCUCGUGGCAUUAUCUAGAUUCAUAUCAAGACUGACUGACAAGUGUGAGCCGUUCUUCAGAUUGUUGAGACGUUCUAAGAGUAAACUGAUCGAAUGGACACCAGACUGCCAAGUGGCCUUUCAGGGAUUAAAAGAUUACCUCGCCGCAGUACCAUUACUGUCAACCCCGCAGCCGGGUGAACCCCUGUACCUUUACCUCGCAGUAUCCACAACUGCGGUCAGCAGUGCCUUAGUUCGCCGUGAUGGAACUAAAGAACUACCAGUUUUUUACGCAGGACGAGCUAUGAACGGCCCAGAGACAAGAUACCCAACAUUGGAGCAAUUAGCCCUCGCGCUCAUCGUAGCAGCCAGACGACUGCGCCACUAUUUCCAAGCUCACAGCAUCCACGUACUCACAAAUCAACCUCUCAAACAAGUACUACAGAAUCCAGAACACUCCGGGCGACUCAGCAAAUGGGCUAUCGAGCUGACAGAAUUCGACAUCGAAUACAGGCCACGACCCGCCAUAAAAGGACAGGCUGUAGCCGAUUUCAUAGCAGAAAUGAUUCCCCGAGAUACGGCGGAAGUGGAACCAGAUAAUGUCAUCAACCCCGUCAGUAUUUCACCAUGGAAUUUGCACGUAGAUGGCUCUAGCUGCGCAAAAUCUAGCGGAGCGGGGAUCAUCUUGAGCGGACCGGGGGGACUCGAACUCGAGUAUGCUUUAAAAUUCAACUUUGCUGCCUCCAACAAUGUAGCGGAGUACGAAGCACUGAUUGCAGGACUACAAUUAGCCCUAAGCACGGGCGCCACUAGCAUUAAUGUGUUCAGUGAUUCUCAGCUCGUAGUCAAUCAAAUCACCGGGUCCUUCACUGCUAAGGAUGAGCAACUAGCAGCCUACCUGGCGUAUGCCACAACAUUAUUAAAGCGGUUCGAAUUCUACCACAUCAAUCAAAUACCGAGGGCCAACAACGCAAGAGCGGACUCCUUAGCACGACUCGCCACGGCGCAACCCCACCAAUGCCACAAGGAUACCAGGGUCGAAAUUCUCCACCAUCCCUCCAUUCACCAGACCUUGCAACAGAUAUGCCAGAUAGAGCGCGACCAAGCCUCAUGGAUGGAUGAGAUAGUAGCAUUCAAGUGCAACGGCAAACUACCAGAGGACGAGACCAUGGCAAAACAACUAAGGAGACGGGCGGUAAGAUAUUACCUGCGGAACAACACACUCUAUCGCCAAGCCGCGCAUUGGCCGCAAAAACACUCCGCACAGGAUAUUAUUGGCCCACAUUAG